AUGAACUCCCUCUCCACAAGCACCCUCGGCCCAGUUGCCUUCUCCCUGGGGCUGUUCCUGGUGAUGGCCGCAGCCUUCCCCACCACCCCAAGACCCCUGGGAGAAGAUUCCACAGAUGCUGCCCCCUCAAACAGACCAUCCUACACCACUCCAGAACACAUCGAAGAGCUCAUUAAGAGAAUCUUGGGCCUGGCAAAGGAGAUGUGUCAAAAGAGUUUUGGGUGUGACAACAGCAGGGAGGUACUGGCAGGAAACAACCUGAACCUUCCAAAGAUGGAAAAAGAAGAUGGAUGCUUCGAAUCUGGAUUCAAUAAGGAGACUUGUCUGAAGAAGAUCACUACGGGUCUUUUGGAGUUUCAGGUAUACCUGGAAUACCUCCAGAACAAGUUUGAGGGUAAUAAGGAACACGCUGAAACCGUGCUGAUAGGUACCAAAGCCAUGAUCCAGUACCUGAAGACCAAGGUAAAGAACCCAGACGCAGUAGCCACCCCUGACCCAACUGCCAAUGCCAUCCUGCUGGUGAAGCUGAAGUCGCAAGGCCAGUGGCUGCAGAAUACAACCAUCCAUCUCAUCCUUCGCAGCCUGAUUCACUUCCUGCACUCCAGCGCAAGGGCCAUUCGGGUCAAGUAGCACGGGCAUCUGAGCUUGUGGUGGUUCAUGGGCAUUCCUUUCUCUGGUGAGAAACCCGUCCCCUGGGCACAAAACUUAUGUUGUUCUCUAUGGAGAACUAAAAGUAUGAGCGUUAGGACACUAUUUUAAUUAUUUUUAAUUUAUUGAUAUUUAAGUAUGUGAUGCCGAGUUAAUUUAUAGAAGUGAUAUUUAUAUUUUUAUGAAAUGCCACUUGAAAUAUUUUAUGGAUUUGUUUUGAGACAAUAAUGUAAAGUGGCUAUGCAGUUUGAAAAUCCUCUGUUUCAGAGCCAGAUCAUUCCUUGGAAGAUGUAGGCUUACCUCAAAUAAAUUGCUAACUUAUACAUAUUUUUAAAGAAAUAUUUAUAUUGUAUUUAUGUAAUGUUUACAUUGUUUUUAUACCAAUAAAUCACAAUUUUUUAAAA